ACAUUAACCAUUUACUUUAUGUCUCCAAUAAUUUAAAACCAUCAAUCGCGAAUCUUUUUUCUUUAUAAUUUACUCAAAGACUUUGAUUUCACACAUAAAUAUUCCUGCAAUCAUCGUAUGCUUUCAACUUUUGCUUCAACUCAUUUCUUUCAUCUUUGCUAGAAGGAGACCAUGGCUGAAAUGAUCCUCAGUUUCGGGAUAGAUGCAACUCUGUCCACGGUGGCUUCGCUCAUCACCGAUGAAGUCAGUCGUGCUUGGAAUCUCAAGAACGACCUGAAAGGCCUUCAAGAAUCCCUCACCAUGAUUCGUGGUGUGCUUCAAGAUGCAGAGGAGCAGCAAACCAGAAAGAAGCAUGUCAAGCUUUGGCUGAAGAAGCUCAGAGAAGUAGCUUAUGAGGCUGAGGAUCUCUUAGAUGAGUUGUUGGUCUAUGAGAAUCUUCGACGAAAGGUUGAGAUGCAAAGGCAAGAGCAAUCGGGAACAGAGAUACGAAACUGUUUUUCAUUCUCCAAAGGCACUCGUUGUGUUAAAAAGGCAGCACUUCAUUUCAAAAUGGCCCACAAAGUUAAGAAUAUAAAUGAAUCGUUGAAUAAGAUUAAGAAUGAUGCUAUGGGUUUUGGACUUCAGAUUAUAUCAAGACAGCCUCAAAUGAACUUGGAUCGGCUGACAAACUCAGUCCUUGACAACCCAGUUAUGGGGAGGGAAGCUGAUGUCUCUAAGAUUGUGAACUUGCUGAGCUGCUCCUGUGACCAAGUUCUUACCGUUGUUCCCAUAGUGGGGAUGGGCGGUCUGGGAAAGACAACGUUAGCUAAACUGGUGUGUCAAGAAGCAAUAGAAGGAAAAAAGCUUUUUGAUCUUAAAAUAUGGGUCUGUGUCUCUGAUCACUUUGAUUACGGAAGAAUUUUAGGGGAAAUGCUGCAAACUCUUGAUGGAAGUAUGGGUGGAGUUACCAACAUAGAUGCAAUACUUGGACAUCUUACAAAGGCGUUGGAAGGCAAAAAGUUCCUACUAGUUCUUGAUGAUGUUUGGAAUAAUGAAUCUGAGAGGUGGAAUGAGUUGAAAACUUGUUUGAUAAGAAUUAUUAGAAACAAUGGAAAUGCUAUUCUUGUCACAACUCGUACGGAGGAAGUGGCAUCAAUAGUGGAGACUUCUACUCAUUACAGGUAUAAACUGGGUGGGUUAUGUCAUGAUGCAUGCUGGUCCAUUAUGAAGGAAAGGGCACUGAUUGGAAGUGGAAGAACAUCAAUCCCCACAGACUUGGAGGGCAUUGGAAGGGAGAUUGCCAAAAAAUGUGGAGGAGUUCCAUUAGCUGCAAAAGUUUUAGGUGGGACAAUGGGCUUCAAAAUGGAUAAGGAAGACUGGUUGUCAAUUGGAAGCAAUGAUGUUUUGAAUGCAUCAGACGGUAGAAAAGAUAAUGUUGAGUCUAUAUUGAAGCUCAGUUUUGAUCACUUGCCUUCAUAUCUGAAGUCAUGUUUCACAUAUUGUUCAGCUUUCCCGAAAGAUGCUCUGAUUGAAAAAGAACAAUUAAUUCGGUUGUGGAUGGCUGAAGGUCUUGUAGGAUGCAAUGAAGAUGAGGGCAACAAGUAUUUUAAUGCCUUACUUCAGAAUUCCUUUUUCCAAGAUGCUGAAAGGGACAAAUAUGAGAAUGUUAGAUGGUGCAAGAUGCAUGAUCUUGUGCAUGACCUUGCAUUGUCACUUUCAAAUUCUGAGACAUUGACUUUGGAAAAUUGUUCUGCUGUUGAUGACAUAUCGCGCAUUCGUCGUGCACAUGUAGAUAGGCGAAAGGCAUCCAUUUUAGCGGCAUUUCCAACUGGUGGUGGUAAGAAGUUGCGUAGUUUAUUCAUAGAUGGUUUCGAGCUUGAUAAUUCUUGGAAGCUGAAAAGCUUGCGGGCCCUACUUCUUUAUGGUAUCAAAAACUUGCCAUCUUCGGUUGGUAAGUUGAAACAUUUGAGAUUUCUUGACGUCUCCUGGACUGACAUCGAAGUGUUGCCUGAAUCCAUCGCCCAGCUGUAUAAUUUGCAAACAUUGAGAUUCCUUAGGUGCAAAUCACUUAAGGAGGUUCCUAGAAAUAAAAUAUGCAAUCUGAUCAGCUUGAGUCACAUUGAAUUUGAUAAUGAUGACCAUAUGCCAUCUAAGGUGGGGCAGAUAACUUGUCUCCAAACACUAUCACUAUUUGUUGUGGGUCCAGAUAGGGGAGGCAGCAUUCAAGAAUUAGAAUGCUUAAAUCAACUAGGUGGCAAGUUGAAAAUAACUCAUCUUGAGGAGGUGAGAGACAAAGAAGAAGCCAAGAAGUCAAAUAUACAGGGGAAAAAGAAAUUAAAAGCCCUUAAAUUUGAAUGGAGUGAUGGAAGAGAAAGCAGCAGUAAUGAUGAGCAAGUGUCGGAAGUCCCCCAAACAUAG